CUCAUGUCGCGACUUUGCCUUGCAGCCUUUGUGCACUUGGUCCUAUGCACGCUGGGGAAUGGAAAGACAGUGAUUCCACGCGUGAAGUGGGCCCAGAACAAGGAUCUGCUCUUCAUUUCGGUGAUGGUGCGAGACUUGAAGGCUGACACGGUGUCGGUACAGCUGGACAGUGAGAGCGACCUUCGCUUUUCCGCCCAGGGCAAAGCCGGUGAUGAGAAUGUGCUUCGACUUCCUUUGAGGGAUGAGGUGAAGCAGGAAAGUCUCAAGUGGGAGAUUGCGGCGAGACCCGACAAGUGGGGCACUGCGACGUUCAUCACCUUAGGAAAAGGUCACGCACACCGCUGGGACCUGCUGACAAGCAGCAAAAAGUUUAAAGGUUUGAUCGACAAGGAUUGGACCCGUGAAGAUCAGAACUUAGAACCUACCGAAGAGAUGGUGUUGUUUGACGAUGCGGAGACAGUUCUGAGACUCAAUGAGAAGAACUUCAACAAGACCAUCGCGGCUCAUUCCUGCCUGGUCGUAGCUGCGAGGUAUCCUUGGUGUAGCGAAUGCAAGUCCACUGAUCAGAUUUUUUUGAAGGCAUCAGCAGCUGCCAAGGCGAAAGGCAAAAAAAAUCCAGAGUGGAAGAAGGUUGCAUUUGCCUACCUGGAUGCGCGUGAGAACAAGCCCUUGGCUAGAGAACUUGCCGUGACUUGCAGCUAUAAUUGCGAAUAUUUGAUCUUCAACGGUUCGCCCGAAGAGGAGCCAGCGCGGAUCAAGAGCCAACAUGAAGAGAGCAAACUCUUGACUGAGAUUGAGAGAUUCUUAGGUCCAGCCGUCCGGGAAGUGACUUCCAGUGAAGUUCAAGACCUGCAGGUCUCGAAUGGGACCAGCGCAGUUGGAUACUUCAGUAGCAAGGAUCAAAAGGAGUUCCGGUCCUUCCGUGCAGUGGCGCAUCAAAUGCGAGGUGAACUGGUCUUUGCUGCCAGCUUCACUGAAGGGAGGCAAGUGGUCGAGCUUUGGAACGACGGUGAAGGGCCUUUCACCUUGAAGUUGGUGGACUUUUCCGCCAACAAAAGCGUUUUGGAGAACUGGUUGAGGCAGCGUUCCCUGCCACUUCUGCAAGACUAUGAAUGGUCCAAGCGAGAAACUUACGAGCGUUUGCAGCUGCCCAUCGCCAAGCUUUGGUAUGAUGACAGCGGGGACGAGCAGUUGCUGCUGACCGUCAAUAGGACGGUCACCGCUGUAGCCAAAGAGCUACUGGGAAGAAUGGCCUUUGUGAAGCAAAAGAAGUCCAUGUACUCCUAUGAGCUUCGAGACUAUGGUUUGGCAAAUCCAGAGGAAUUUCCGGCCUUUGGCAUUGCUGAGAACAUCAGCUGGAACGCCCGAAAGUUUGCCUUGGAUGUUGCGGCUUCAACGUCGGUGAGCUGCACCGAGUUGAUCCACGAAUCGCUACUGGUUAAUGGGAUGAUCCUGCAAGUAUUGGAGUUCUGGUCGGAUCCAUCUCUCAGUCGAGCAAAGCUCCUGGAGUUUUGUGAAGGUGU